AUGUGUAUAGAUAAAUUAGUUGCAGACAAAAGUUGUUUUUGUUUUCCUCUGAGAAUUGGCAGCAUUAUCAUAGCUAUUUUAUGCAUCGCUAUGGCACUUGGAGUUGUCAUUAUAAACAGCGAUUCUUCAAAGUGCUACCCAGGCCUUGACAUAAAAAUUGCUUCUAUUUUCUCAAUACUAAGUCAUGUUGCUUUAUUAUUGGCAGCUAUUUAUUUUAUUUAUGGUGUUAUAAAGAAAGACUCGAAGGCGGUUUCGUUGUUUCUGGUAGCACUACUUCUAGUAAUGAUCACGACGUUGGCAGAGGCAAUCAUUUGGUUUUUUACCAAAAAUAGUAAUCCUACAACAUGCCCCAAGACCUACAUAUUCUCAGGGGCACUAUUAAUGAGAUUAUUCAUUUUUUCUUAUUUUCUAAUCACAGUUAACAGCUACCGAGUAUAUUAUUUAUCUGAAAAUCGUGAUGAAAUCAUCCAAGAAUCACAACAUAGGACUGAAAACAUAAAUAAAACGCUUCAUGAGACGAUCGAAAAGAAACUUGAUGAUAUUUCAGAGAAAAAGUAA